UUAACUUAAGAGCAUUUCACCAUACACUUUUGCACUGCCCUAGUAAUAUGAUUAUGAAAGUAUAGAGCAAAGUAAGUAACCGGGCAACGCUGGUACAAGUAUCGGCUAUUGCAUCGUCACCCAAACUCAAAAUUCAUCCCCAAAUUUGAUCUACUCAAGCUAAAUCACCGAUGAUCGCUAAAACAUUACAAUGUCGACAACUCUCUACCUUCCAAAAUCUAGGCAAACUUUGUACCACUCUCAACAAUGGCAGAAAUGAAGCUCCUGAAGAAUCAACAAUGGUGAGAGACCUAACUUCAAUGCUUAGAAAUAAGCCUCAGAAUUCGUGGAAAUACGCCAUUUCUAAUCAAAAUCUCAAGCUUCAACCUCGCCAUGUUGAUAAGGUGUUGCUUCAAACCCUAGAUAAUCCAAGGUUAGCUCUUCGUUUCUUUAAUUUCUUAGGUCUCCAUUACAAUUUCUCUCAUUCAAUGGCGUCUUUCUCUAUCCUUGUUCAUGCCCUUGUUCAGUCCAAUCUUUUCUGGCCUGCUUCAUCUCUUGUGCAAACCCUAAUUCAUCACCAUAAUCAUCAACCCCCAGAUAUUUUCCAUGUAUUUCUUGCGGUUUUUAAGGAUUACGGGUUUUCGUCGUUGCUGGGUUUUGACUUGUUGAUCCAGAAUUACGUGCAAUGCAAGAGGCAAAUUGAUGGAGUUGUUGUUCUUAAGCUGAUGCUUGAGAAUGACAUUGUACCUGAGGUUAGGACUCUCAGUACUUUAUUUCAUGCCUUAAUUGGAAUUCGGAGAUUUAGUUUAGUUCUUGAAUUGUACGACCAAAUUUUCAGCGGUUUUCAUAAUAUGCGUCCUGAUGUCUAUGUAUGUACGGCGGUGAUUCGCUGUUUGUGUGAGUGCAGAGAGGUAGAUAGAGCUCUAGAGGUUGUCCAUAUGAUGGAAGAGAGUGGCUGUGAAUUGAGUGUUGUAACUUAUAAUGUGCUGAUACGUGGGUUGUGUAAAAAUCAGAGGGCUCUGGAAGGUGUUGAUAUUAAGAGCUCGUUGGGUCAUAAGGGGUUGAGUGCUGAUGUUAUCACUUAUUGCACAUUGGUGCUUGGGUUAUGCCAAGCUGAAGAGUAUUUGAAGGCGUUGGAAAUGACGAAAGAAAUGUUGCAACUUGGGUUGGUUCCGAGUGAGGGUGUGGUUUCUACUCUUGUUGAAGGGCUUAGGAAGAAAGGGGAGGUUAUGGAUGCAUUUAGUGUGGUUGAUGAAUUGGCGAGGCAUAAAGCUGUGCCCAACGUGGUUGUUUACACUGCUCUAAUCAGUUCUCUUUGGAAGGAUGGAAAACUAAAACAAGCAGAGUCCCUGUUUAAGAGCAUGGAGCAGAGGGGAUUAAUUGCAAAUGAAGUUACUUAUUUGGCCAUGAUUGACUCGUUCUGCAAGCAAGGAAGGCUUGAUGAUGGACUUAGACUACUUGCGAAAAUGUCAGAGACGAAAGUAAAAAUCACAGACUAUGCGUACAAUUCCUUGAUUCAUGGGCAUUGUAAGUUUGGAAAGUUGAACACUGCUGAGGUUCUUUUCAAAGAAAUGAUCAGUAAGGGAUUGACACCAACUGUGGUAACUUAUACAUCCUUCAUUAGUACGUAUUGCAGUGUUGGAAAGCUUAAUAAAGCAUUUAGGCUCUAUCAUGAGAUGAUUGGGAAGGGCAUUGCACCAAAUACUUACACAUAUACAGCAUUAAUUCAUGGUCUUUGCCGUGCAAGGAGGUUGGAUGAUGCAAACAAUUAUUUUAAGGAAAUGGUUGAGGGAGGUAUUUACUGCAAUGAGGUGACCUAUAACGUACUGAUUGAUGGCUAUUGUAAGGAAGGUGAUAUAUCUAAAGCUUUUCACUUGCUGAGAGAAAUGUUAGGAAAGGGUCUUGUUCCAGACACGUACACCUACAGGUCCUUAAUAUCUGGGCUCUGCUCUGUUGGAAAGUUGUUUGACGCAAAAAAGCUUGUGGAUGAUCUUCUCAAGGAACAUUUUGAAUUAAAUGAAAUGUGUUUCAGUGCCCUUUUGCAAGGGUAUAACAAGGCGGGGAGAGUACAGGAUGUACUGUGUGUUUAUGGUGAGAUGAUAGAGAGACAAAUCAAAAUGGACCUUGUCUGUUACGCAAUACUUAUUGAUGCUACACUUAAACAGAACAAUAGGGAGAGGCUAUUGCUGAUCUUACAGGAGAUGAAUUGCAAAGGAUUGAAACCCGAUAAUGUCAUUUAUACAAGUAUGGUUAGUGCCUACACCAAGGCAGGGAAUCUUAAGAAGGCAUUUCAACUUUGGGAUAUUAUGAUCAGUGAAGGAUGUAAGCCAAAUAUUGUUACCUACACUGCCCUUAUCAAUGGCUUAUGUAGUCUGGGAAAUGUAAGCAAAGCAUAUCUCGUCUACAACAAAAUGCUCACCCAUGACACAUAUCCAAAUCAGGUUACUUAUGGAUGCUUUCUUAGCUACUACACCAGCACUGGAAAUGUAGACAAUGCUGUACAGCUUCAUAAGUUGAUGAUUAAAGGGUUUUUGGCCAACACAGUUACAUAUAAUAUUCUAAUACAUGGUUUUUGCAAACUUGGUAGGAUUCAGGAGGCAUUUGAUCUUAUUGGAGAGAUGAGAGAAAAUGCUAUCAAACCUGAUUGUGUGAGCUAUUCUACUAUAAUGUAUGAGUACUGUAGAGGUGGUAAUAUGCAGGAAGCUUUUAGGAUAUGGGAUUCUAUGCUGAGUGAGAGCAUAUUUCCUGAUUCAAUAGCUUAUAAUUUCUUGAUCUCUGGUUGCCAUUUAUCCGGAGAUAUUGAGAAGGCUGCAAUGCUGAGGGAUGACAUGGUAAAAAAGGGUGUCACAGCUGAUACAAAACCUGAUCAUUCUUGGGUUGGUACUUAAAGGUAGCUACAUGGAAGCCAAUCUGUUUCAACUAGAUGAUAGCUCUACUGCUACCAGGUGAGUACUUACAUCGAAUCACAACUUCCAUUAAGAUUUUUAAUAUGAUUAAGGGCCUAUGCUGAACUUCUCAGAUUUAAUUUCUUGCUUGGUUAAAUCAAAUUCCUCUUGCCUCAAUCGUACUUCAGAAUUGGUUAACAAUUUACCUUUGUUUGCUGUCAUAAAAACUAGGAAAGCAGUCAAUAGAAGGAUGGAGACAAUAUUGUUGCUUAUAAGCAAAAUUUGUGAAGGAGUGAACAAAAAACUUUAAGCAUGGGGUAAAGGUGAAAAGGUCUGGUAAGAGUAGAUUGUCAAGGCCAAUAUAUGUGAAAAGUGUCACAAAUUGUGACUUGGUACCGUGAACUGGUACUUGUGACUCUCCUCGAGAGGAGAGACUAUCAUAAAAUUUUCAUCUGCCUAAACUAAUUUGAGAAUCAAACAAGUUAAUCCUCCAUUAUUCCCCCGAUUGUAAUCAGAAGAAAGUACAACAAUUUAUUACAACCAACUCCACACCUCCUGUCCAUGCCAUAGCACUUGGCUUCUUCUUUGUUUAUUCUUCUUAUGCACAUACUACUUGGACUUAAGUGAAUGGAUUAAGCCCAAUCUACAACAUGCACUAUGUUAAAAAUCUAAGGCUUGUGGGCUAUGAAAACCAUGAGCUUAUAUAAUAGACUAAAGACUGAUUGUAUGAAACAGGACACUAUAACAGUGAAUGCAAGUCGAAAGCUUGACUCUUGAUUAAACUAAUUUACAAAACUUACAAAAGGAUAGUAGGUUUAGACUACAAAUCUCCUAUUAGCAACUUGAGGCUGCUGCUCUAUAUUUCCAAAUAACUCAAUUCACGCAUACCGCGUCAAGGUUAGUCCUCCUUUAUAUACUGCAAUAAUAUUACAAAAAGUACUCUUAACAUUAAUGACUAUUUGUCCCUUACCGAUCAAGUAUUCAGAGCUCAGUUUUUCACUCCUUCUAGUGUUUCAUGAAUUGCUACUGUCCUCUUCCGCUUUUUGCUGAUUCUGCUCUUGUCUUCUUUCCCUUCUUGCUGAUUCUGUGCUGCUGCUUGUUCCCCCUGUUGCCUUUGCCUUGCUUCUGUUCUGCCUUCCUGUGUGACCCCAUAAGGGUGGCCGAAGUGGUCUCAUGUCACCCGGAUCCAUCACAAAUUAUUGACAAGCUAAACGAGAAUGCAAUUAAAUUUCAGCAAACAGGGAAUCAGUCUAGCUGUUUAACAAGCCCAAGCAUGGAUCCAUUGAUUACCUCAACUAUCAAGAGACAUCGGCUCCAUCAAAGCCAUCUUCUUGUAUUGGAGCAACAGUUGCAGCU